GGGCACAGGAGACCACGCCUAAACCGAUGUACGGUCCCUCCUCCCCUUGGAAAGGGUGCGCACGCACGGCGGGGAGGGCAGGCGGCUAUGACGUCACGAUGGAAGAACUGGAACAGGGUCUGCUGACCCAACCAUGGGCCUGGCUGCAGCUUUCAGAGGACUCCCUUCUGGCCAAGGCCUGCAUCCUGACGGACAAGGGCUAUGCCAUUCUUCUCUCUGACCUCCAGCAUGUGUGGCACGAGCAAGUGGACACGAGGGUGGUCAGCCAGAGGGCCAAGGAGCUAAAUCGGCGACUGACUGCAACUCCUUCUGCCUUCCUCUCCCACUUGAGAGACCUCAUAUGCACCUUGUUAGAAGGUUCGGCCGAUCCCAAGGGGGCCAUUUUCUCUUGUGAGCGUUUGCCAGAUGGAUUGACAGUGCGUGUUCGAAGUGAGCUCUCUGGUCUACCUUUUCACUGGUACUUCCAAUGUGCCUUGGCCAGCCCUUCCAUGGUUUCCCAGCAUCUCAUACGUCCCCUGAUGGGCAUGAGUCUGGUACUGCAAUGCCAGGUGAGAGAGCUGGCUUCUUUGCUUCGAAUGAAGGAUGCAGAAAUCCAAGACUACCAGGAGAAUGGAGCCGUCCCGAGCCGAGAUCGAUUGAAGACAGAGCUAUUUGAUGAGACUGCUUUCCUGGAUCGGGUCAUGACAGAGAAUCUGCCAGAGGCAUGCAGUAUUGAGAAUGGAAAACCUUUUGCUAUGAAGCUACAAGAUCUCUAUGUGGCAGUAACUAAACAAAAAUUCCAGGCAGGAAGAAAAAGACAAGGUUCAGGAGACUCUCAGGCCUCUGAUGGAACUUCAUCCAAUGAAACUGAUGGUGGGCUAUUGACACAGCCAGAACAGCAGUCCUCUGCACCAUCCCUGUCUGUAGCUGAGACUUUGAAUAUGGAGACUUCCCUUCCAAUGCAGAGACCUCAUCUUUCCAAAGUCAAGAGAAAAAAACCAAAGGGACUUUUUAGUUGAACCAAGCUCCCGUACAUGCUUUGGCUGUUGAGGAGAAUUUUGUCAGCAUUGCCUUGAAAGGAUCUUCUCAGGUGAAAGCUCAGACCUUGGACAAAAUCAGGCAAGGCUGGAGCCUUGGAUUGGCGUCCAGCUGUAAUGUUUGUGUUAGUGGAGAGACCUUCAGUCGCAGUAUACUCGUGACAUGCUAGGUUUCCUGACCUAAGGAAGAGCCCAGACCUGGGAAAAUAUUGAACCCCAUUCUUCCACAGGACUCUUCUUUAGACUUUGUAUGCAUAUAUUUGUGGUGGAUGUACUAGAAACACAACAACAAAAAUAAAAGCUUCCAAAACCUCC